ACAAGCUUAUAGCUUGGUUUAAACAUGUUAUUUCUUGUAACUUUUCCUUGUGUGAUCUUGGGACCUCCUUAGUAGAAUAAUAGGGUGGUAGUACUUUGGUGAAUGGGAUCCAAACAAAUAAAUAAACCAGGAAGGUAAAGAGUGCAUUUUCUAGUAACUAGAAGCUCCUUCCCUUAUCUCAACUCUAAAAGAUAUCUAACUUGUUGUCAUCAUGGUUUUCCUCCUCCUGCUGUCGCCCUUUCUUCUCUGCAAAGCAGAGCAGUAAUUGUGCUUGGUGUGUACGUGAACUGGGCAGCAGUGUGUCAGAGCCUGCCUGCAGGCUCCUUGUGAUGUGAUGCAGCAUUGAGACAUUCUUCUACUUCAAAGCCCCCAGAGAGUUUUCUGGACACUGGUUGAAUAGGAGCCAUGGGAGAACAGGUGCAGUCCAUGAGCGGGGUAAUUCCCGCUGCCAUCUGCUUUCUUUUUCAGAGUUUGGGCUCUUUAAAUGCCCUCUGACACGCCCCACAGUGACACGCUUCCCUAGCCAGCCGCCCCAUGCCCCGUCACCAUGGCACCACAAUUCAGAUUAACCCCCCGCACAUGUGCCGAGUCAACUGCGGGGGUCUGCCUCUUUUGUGACUGAGCAUGGGAGAGAGAAAAGAGAGGAGGAGGAGGAGGGAGACCAGGAGCUGCAUGGAUGAGGGUGUAAAAAGAACACCCGCCAGUCAUUCACUUUUGUUAAGUAAAGCAGCAGAGGGAGAGCAAAUGAAGCCAUGUGGUAACUACAAAAACCUGAGAGCAGGUAGUCAAGAUGACGGCCAUCGAGAGUAAAGAGGAGAUCAGCGACUCCGACAGUGGGAUUAUCCUGCACUCCGGUCCAGACAGCCCCACCUCCCCGGUGAAGGACCUGACCACCCACACCAGAGCCCUGAAGAUGAAGCACCAGAGUCUGGAGGAGCGUCUGGAACUCUGCCUGCUGGAGCUGCGAAAGCUCUGCAUCAGGGAGGCAGAGCUGACAGGAACACUGCCCUCAGAUUACCCUCUGAUGCCCGAUGAAAAACCCCCCCGAGUGCGAAGGAGGAUUGGAGCUUCAUUCAAGCUGGACGAAAGUCUGAUGCGUAAGGAUCAACAGGAUUCAGAGUUGCAAGGACUAGAAACUGAUUUGGCUCUCCAGCGGCAGAUUUAUGAGGCAGUCCGUAAGAUGUCUCUUGAGGAAAACCUCAGUAAACCACAGAAGAAGAGCAGGCAGCAGCAGUGCAAGAGGGAGGAGAAGAAAGUGAAGGAUUUGCAAGAGGCUGUUUUCCAGCACAGGAUCAAGAGUGAGUGCAACUCGCCCUGUGUCACCAUGUCAAGCAGCCAAAACAAAGAUCUGUGCAUGUCUGAUGACAGCUCUCUCUCUGAUGUGGUGGCUCUGGAUGAUGAUGUAGACUCGCUCAGCCCUCUGUCACCUCCGAUGUCGGGCACUUCCUUUUCAGAGCCCAUCCAGCUGUCAGAGAAGACGCUGCAGUCGCCCCAUCAGUCCUCAAGUCAGUUCAGUGUGAAGUACGAGCGCUCCCCGAUCCAGAACUCUCCCUGGAGGGAGUCCAGCUUGGACCAGCCUUACCAUAAGGCCACAAAACCUCCGUCUUCUAGCAGGAGCAGGUCCAGUAGUCCAGCGGGAACACAGGUCUCUACAGAAAACUGCAGGAUUCCCCUCACUCAGUUUGUCAGGAACUCCGCGCUGCGUCACAACCACUCCACCAGUGCCCCCUCCACCCCAGAGCUGCUCGUGCGCCGACAGUACUCCCAGUCCUUCAGACUUCCUAAGAAAAAGCAGUCGGCCAACGUGGGGCGCUUCAUUGCGGAGAAAAGUCGUGGACGAGCCCAGCUGCCUCAGUCACGGUGCACGCCAGACUUCAAUGUGCACUCUACAGAGUACUCCCCUCUGAUUCCCUGCCAGUCCAGCUCCGAGGAUAGCAGCUCUGAGAAAUCCUCCUCCUCUUACAUCAGCUCUCCUGGAAGAGAUGUGCCCACUGAGAUCCCCGUGUUGUCUCCCCCGCCGUACGGAUUCCACUUUGGAGCACAGAAGCAAGUGGUUUCCGGCCUAUCUGGUCAACACAAGAGCACCAACCAAACUCCGGCUAGUCCUGGCCAAGUCAAGGCCACGGUAGAGGACGCUUCUCCCGUGGCUCACAGCCAGCAAAGAGGAAUAUCCUCCAUGAGGAGCAUCCUUAAGCCCCCUCCACCUUACACGAGGCUGGUGCGGACGCCCUCGCUGAAGGAGUACCCAAACCACGCCAUCAGGCUCAUGCCCCGAGAGAUUGUGUCAGAGGAGCUGAAGUCCUGGCAUCAAAGGAAUCAGUCACGGCCAGGCUGCAGGGAAAAGCAGGGCUCACUGAGCAUCAUGAGUCCCACUUCACCUCAUCUGCCUACUUUUAAUCAGGGUUCAGGCAACGUGGUCCUGCAGAGGGCGUCCGACGGGACUCCACUUCAGUGGUUCGUGGCUGAAGAAGCUGAAAUCGUGAGCCAGGUGUAACUUGCACCUCUUCAGUAAUGCCGUGUGGCUUUUCUUUAUUUAUCUCUGUAUUUAUUGAGACUUUGAAGAACUCUCUGUGAGAUUGUUGACAUGAUGGCAGAAAAAACCGCUGACCUUUCAGUACCGGUGUCGGUAACUAAUUUAAAAUUUAAUGUAAGCUGGAAUACCGGUUUUAUUUAUUUAAGGCCGUUUCGUAGUAGAUUGUAGGUGGAUUGAGGCUCACGCAAUCUGCUAAAUAUUUCAAAUGGACCAUAAACUUAUUGUUUCUUAGUUUCUUUGUGGCUGGCACACAUUUUGCACAAAUAGGUUACGUGCGGUAGUUGUCAUAUAAGUUCCCUGUUCUUAAUAUAAUUUUCUCUGUAUUUAUUAUUUAAAGUUCCCCCUUGAAACAUAGACAUAUAACUAUAAUUUUUGAUACACAUUUUUAACAAGCAGUGCUAUUUUUAUAGAAUUAAGUUUGUCUUUUUAAAAUCUGACGUAAAGUAAUGAUAACUCUUAGUGAUUAAUCCCAGCUGCCUUUAACAGUGGCUUGAUGAAUGUUCUCACUGCAGUAUGCUGUUGUCUUACUAACCACUUGAUUGUAUGAGUUUUGGAUUUUUUUGAUAUUUAUAAUAAAUAUUAUUACCAAAGGU